UCCUAAUAAAUUCCAGUCUUCUUAGAGUCUGCGUCACAAGCAUAACUGCACAAGCAAGAUCUCCCUGAAAUGGUGUGAGCUAAUUAUAAUCCUACUUCAUUUUCUCCUCUAACUGCCAACAAUGGCGGCCAAGGGAAGGCAAUCACGUCUGAGGAAAACGUCUUCGUCCACGGUGAUCUUCUCAUUGCUAAUCAUGUUCUCCUUCCUCGUUCUCAUUCUCCUCGCUCUCGGAAUCCUCUCCAUCCCUAACACUUCCUCCGACUCUCCCAAACCUCACGAUCUCACUACAAUUCCUCAUCAUACUGUUUCUCAAAGCAAAGACGAUGAGAUUGAAGAUCUAGAGGACGACAGAAAAGAUCAGUGGACGGAAGCCAUCUCUUGGGAGCCGAGGGCCUUCGUUUAUCAUAAUUUUCUGUCCAAGAAGGAAUGUGAAUAUCUUAUAAAUCUUGCGAAGCCUAAUAUGGAAAAGUCAAGUGUUGUUGACAAUGAGACAGGCAAGAGCAAAGAUAGCAGGGUUCGCACAAGUUCUGGUACGUUUCUGCCCAGAGGAGUUGAUAAGGUAAUAAGUAAGAUUGAGAAAAGGAUUGCAGAUUACACCUUCAUACCUGCAGAAUUUGGUGAAGGCCUUCAAGUCCUUCAUUAUGAAGUGGGUCAGAAAUAUGAGCCACAUUUUGACUACUUCCUUGAUGAGUUCAACACAAAGAAUGGAGGUCAACGCGUGGCGACACUUUUAAUGUACCUCUCAGACGUUGAAGAAGGAGGUGAGACUGUAUUUCCUAAUGCAAAAGGAAAUCACAGUGCCGUGCCUUGGUGGAAUGAGCUAUCAGAAUGUGGAAAAACCGGAUUAUCUGUUAAGCCAAAGAUGGGCGAUGCACUUUUCUUUUGGAGCUUGAAGCCCGAUGCAACACUUGAUCCUUCUAGCUUACAUGGUGGUUGCCCAGUUAUUGUAGGCAAUAAAUGGUCGUCUACAAAGUGGAUGCGUGUUCAAGAACUCCAUGUUUGAUGAUCAUCCUUUUGUGAAGGUUUACAGGCAUACAGAAGCUCCAGAUAGUUAGGAAUGGACAAACUCGUUGACAAGUUUCACAUAUUGUGUAAGUUGAAGUGUCAAUUUGACAUUAAUAUUAAUGUACAAGGACUGCUUUAAAU